AUGAGGACAAUAAAUUUUGCCAGUUUCCUCGCUCUGUCGCUGCCAGAUGCAGCGUCAGCAUUCGUCGGCUAUGGCAUACCAAUGUACAAACCGAACUGCGCAUUCGCAUGCCGCGACCAAUUCUCCAGCGCACACUUAUCCUGCACAUCUAUGAACCAUGCCAGCGGCGGCCAUCACGGUAGCGGUCCAACGUCGAAGGAAUGCUACGCCUCUAACACGCCCUGGCUCACUACACUGGCAUACUGCAUCAACGCGACAUGCAGCGAUGUGCCAAAAUACAAACUCGAGGCGUUUUGGGCCGAACGCGUGACGAAGAGUGAGAGAUGGAAUAAAGUAGCGCCAAAGUGGACGUAUCAAGAAACGCUGUUCAGGAUGGCGGAUAUGCCAGCGCCUGUGAAAGAAUUGGAGGAAGAUGAGGAAUUAAAUUUUACCGCGCUGUUUGAUCCGGUGGCUUGGGAAGCGGGAAGAGGGGCGCUGGAGUAUUUUGAAUACUCGGAGACAAUGCAUUCGAAAUACGGGUAA